AUGCUCAGGUCUUCUCUAGUCGUGUCAAAGGUGAUUACACAAAGUUGUAUAGAGUCAACUGCGGCGGAAAACAGCGGGAUGCUGUUCAGCAGGGGCAGGGGGCCGCAGCCAGCACAGCAGCUUGGCAGCGGCGUCAACGGCGUCAACGACUAUGGCGCCGCCGGCCCUUCGACAAUCAGCCUUAACGAUGGUCAUGGGGCCAGCGGGAUGGGGGGGCGCAGGGGCGGGGGUUUGCUGCCAGCACAGCAGCUUGGCAGCGGCGUCAACGACUAUGGCGCCGCCGGCCCUUCGACAAUCAGCCUUAACGAUGGUCAUGGGGCCAGCGGGAUGGGGGGGCGCAGGGGCGGGGGGGUGCAGCCAGCACAGCAGCUUGGCAGCAGCGUCAACGGGGUCAACGACUAUGGCGCCGCCGUCCCUUGGACAAUCAACCUUGACGAUGAUCACGGGGCCAGCGGAAUGCAGUCCAGCAGGGGCAAGAGGGCGCAGCCAGCACAGCAGCUUGGCAGCGGCGUCAACGGCGUCAACGACUAUGGCGCCGCCGGCCCUUCGACAAUCAGCCUUAACGAUGGUCAUGGGGCCAGCGGGAUGCUGUUCAGCAGGGGCAGGGGGCCGCAGCCAGCACAGCAGCUUGGCAGCGGCGUCAACGGCGUCAACGACUAUGGCGCCGCCGGCCCUUCGACAAUCAGCCUUAACGAUGGUCAUGGGGCCAGCGGGAUGCUGUUCAGCAGGGGCAGGGGGCCGCAGCCAGCACAGCAGCUUGGCAGCGGGUCAACGGUGUCAACGACUAUGGCGCCGCCGGCCCUUCGACAAUCAGCCUUAACGAUGGUCAUGGGGCCAGCGGGAUGGGGGGGCGCAGGGGGGGGGGGGCGCAGCCAGCACAGCAGCUUGGCAGCGGCGUCAACGGGGUCAACGACUAUGGCGCCGCCGUCCCUUGGACAAUCAACCUUGACGAUGGUCACGGGGCCAGCGGGAUGCAGUUUUGGGGGGCUACAAUGUAUGUGUUGAGCCCUGUACUGUGAUAACCGUAGCUACAAACUAGUUCGGAUCUGUUAACUCAGGGUUUCUCAUGUGGUACGACAAAUCUGAUUGGUCGUCACUUGCAGUCGUACUGUAGGUUCAAAGGACCUGGGUGUAUGGUUUUUAACUCUUGAAUUUUGCUUAUGCUUUAAUUCAUCAUGCGGCUG